GGGAGAGGGGGAAAGGAUUCAUCUGCGGGGUGUUGGCAAUGCUCUGCGUGGACACUGGGAGAAGCCGCAGAGAUGUGCGAGAGGAGGAUACCGAGGGCUGGAAAUCAUUCAGCCACCACCUCAAGUCCAGCUCCAAGCAAUGAAAGGGAAGGUUAUCUGAUGAUGGACACGGGGUAUAAAGAAGGAGCCUGUCCCCCGCUCUCUGGGCACUAUUCCUCACGCUUCAAUGGAGAUAGGCCACUGCGACGACAGACAAUGCAGAAAGGAAGGAGGCAGGCAUUCCGGGGGCCUGCUUACAUGUUUACUGACAGAUCGACUAGUCUAAGUGCCGAUGAAGAACGAUUUCUGGACGCAGCUGAAUAUGGCAACAUUCCUGUGGUCAGAAAGAUGCUCGAGGAGUUUGGAUCACUCAACGUGAACUGCGUUGAUUUUAUGGGUCAGAAUGCACUGCAGUUAGCUGUAGCAAAUGAGCAUCUGGAGGUCAUAGAGCUUCUGCUGAAAAGGGAUAACCUGUCACGUGUUGGGGAUGCCCUAUUGUUGUCCAUCAGUAAGGGCUAUGUGCGAAUAGUGGAGGCCUUAUUAAGCCACCAUGCUUUUACUGCCGGAUGUAGGCUAACUGUAAGUCCAAGCCAGCAGGAAUUACAGCAUGAUGACUUUUAUGCCUAUGAUGAGGAUGGUACUAGGUUUUCCCAUGAUGUCACUCCAAUAAUCCUGGCAGCCCAUUGCCAAGAGUAUGAAAUAGUUCACAUUCUUUUGAGGAAAGGCACACGUAUAGAGCGACCACACGACUACUUCUGCAAGUGUGGUGAGUGCACCGAGAAACAGCUGCACGACUCCUUCAGCCAUUCUAGAUCUAGGAUAAAUGCCUACAAGGGUUUGGCAAGUCCUGUUUACUUGUCACUGUCCAGUGAAGACCCAGUACUAACCGCUCUGGAACUCAGCAAUGAGCUAGCUGUGCUGGCCAACAUCGAGAAAGAAUUUAAGAAUGAUUAUAAAAAGUUAUCCAUGCAAUGCAAAGACUUUGUUGUUGGACUUCUAGACUUAUGUCGGAAUACUGAAGAAGUAGAAGCCAUUCUGAAUGGAAAUGUGGAGACCGUUCACGAUAGUAACCCUUAUCUUCGACCAAGUCUUAGUAGGCUAAAACUGGCCAUUAAAUAUGAGGUCAAAAAGAAUGAUAAGAUUUUGGAAAAAAAUGGUUCUAAUGAACUCAAGCUUAAAGUUGCAAAUAUGAUUGAUCUGAAAUGUUAA